CAAAUGUACGAGACAAAACUCUACAAGAAGGGUAUCAAGACGGCAGAUACUAUCCUUAAGAAAUUCCCUGAACAUGGCGAAACUCUCUGCAUGAAAGGCCUCAUUCUCCACAGCAUGGACCGCCGAGAGGAAGGCCUUGAGCUCAUAAGAAAAGGAGUGCGACUAGAUUUGACUUCGCAUAUCGUAUGGCAUGUAUAUGGAAUUGCUCAUAAGAGCGACAAAAAUUACGAGGAGACCUUGAAGUGCUAUCUUCAAGCCCUGAAGUUUGACAAGGAUAACCUCAACAUUCUACGAGAAACUGCCCAGCUUCAGCUCCAGCUUCGCCAUUAUGAUGCUCACGUGGAGAGUCGUAACACGCUGCUGAGACUACGACCACAGCUUCGACAGAGUUGGUAUGCCCUCGCAGUUGCUUAUUACCUUAAUGGGGAUGACUCUCGAGCGGUUACGGUGCUGGAGCAACUAGAGACGUCCUUGAAGAAUCUUGCAGAUGGGGACGCUGAACUAUCAGAUAUAUUGCUUUUCCACAUCAAAACCCUGGAAGCUGACGGAAAUUACGCCAGCGCUCUUGCUUUCCUGGAAGAGAAGUUGAAUGAGCGUCGCAUCAUGGAUAGGGCCUAUGCCAGAACAAUCCGAGCGCAUCUCUUCGAAAAGCUUGGACGAUUGGACGAUGCACGUGAAUCCUGGAAAAUGCUGUUGCAAAGGAACCCUGACUCUCAUGAACUUUAUCGAUCCUACCUCGCCUGUGAAGGUUUGAAUUUACGAAAUUCCUCACCGGAAUCGAAACUCAAAGUGUUGGAGGCUCUCGUUAAGCUCAUAUCUCUGUACCCGAAAGCAUCAGCCCCCCAGCGCCUCUCACUCGACGUGGCAGAAUCUGACGCCUUCCGAAACCACGUGAUACCUUACCUAGUCUCCGGCCUACGACGAGGGUCUCCUUCAUUGUUUUCUGACAUCAAGUCAUUAUAUCGCAAUGAUUCGAAGCGCACCAUUGUGGAAGACGUUGUUUUACGCUUUCGGGAAGAACUUGCUGCAUCUAACAUAAUGGACACAGCAAUUACUGAACAAGGUGAAACACCCGCCACAUACGUUUGGACGCUAUUUUUCCUGGCGCAACACUUCUCCUAUGUUGAACAGCCGCAGAAGGCUCUAUCAAUCAUCAACGAAGCUCUUGAGCUCUCUCCAGCUCUCCCCGAAGUGCUGAUGGUGAAAGCGCGCAUUUUGAAACGGGCUGGCGAUCCAUUCGGUGCAGCGCUAUGGAUGGAGAAAGCUAGGCAGCUUGACGGCCAGGACAGAUUUUUGAACGGAAAAUGUGCAAAGUACCUCAUGCGAUCUGGUAACAUCGAAGAAGCUAACCGACGACUUGGCCUCUUCACCAAGAAAGAUGCACUGAAUCCUGGCACGGACCUGGAGGACAUGCAGUCCCUCGCCUAUCUUCAGCAGGAGGGUGAUGCCUGGGUGCAUCAACGUAGGCUUGGAAGAGCUCUGAAACGUUAUCACAGCAUUUUCAAGAUCUUCGACGACUAUGAGGACGAUCAGUUCGACUUCUACGCUUAUUCACUACGCAAGUUCACUUUUAAUGCAUAUAUUGAUUUGCUUGCAUUUGAGGAUCAUUUGCGAGGACAUGUUGCUUACAUCACGGCCGCUGUGGCAGCUGCCAAGAUUUAUGUGAAGUUGCAUGAUGAUCCGGACUUGGCGCGUGAAAUGGAUCAAGGGAAGCACAGCCGUAAGAAGAAGCGAACUGAACUCCCCACGAAUGGCACGAAUGGCAAAGUAGUUGUCGAUGGUUCAGCAGCAUCAGCAGACCCGGAUCCGGAUGGCCGCGUUUUGGUGUCCCUCAAGGAACCCUUGAUCAAAGCCCAUGACAUACUUUCUCGUUGUGAUGGCCUUGUGCACGACCAUUUAGAAUAUUGGUUGACUGUUUUCGAUGUGGCUUGGCGACGAGGAAAGUACCUGCAAGCAGUUAGAGCGUAUCAAACGGCAAAGUUGCUUAGAGGUGAUCAUCCCGAAAUCCAUGUUCGUGCCAUCCUACUGGCAUCUCGAGACUGGUCAACGUGUGAGUCCCGCGUUGCGCAGCCCAUUCUGCAGUGUAUCGUCAGCAUUAUUGGUCCGCAAACUCUCGACAUUUUCAAUGCCCAGUACUUACAAGAACAUCCAAAUCAUGCACCAGCAAUACUCGCCGCUGCUCGAGGUUUGCAUGUGUUCAAAGGUUCAGAGGAGUCCGAGGGGAUUCGAAGCUUGACGUGGCAACUCCUUCAUCCUGAGUGCAGUACAAAUGUCCAGGUUUGCUUGGAGGCGUGCAUGUUCAUCGGAGAGGUUUGCGGCCCAGAGAUUCAAGAGAGCUUCCGGAAGCUGUGUCAAGAGCGAUUUCCCAUUGCAACUGUUUUCUUGGCGCCUGAUCAACAAGAGGAACGCCGCAGAGAGCUUCAGGCAGUGAUAGAUAACAUAGAUUAGUGGCUCUCGCGGGUGAGUAGAUGGAAGAAAACUUCGCGAGAGGCUCCAUGACCUC